AUGGCUCUUCCCGCCGACUACAAGCACGAAAUCGAAACCCUCGAACGCGAGGUCCUGCAGAACAAGCCCACCGACGUCUUGCAGUUCUGCGCGAACCACUUCCUUCGUCGACUAGAGUCUCAGCGACACGAGUUCCUGCUGGGCGCACAGCAUUCCACCAAAACAAUGGCCGAGAACAACUUCCCAGGCAGCAACCCUUUCCACCACGUCCAGCAGCCCGGAAUGCAGCGUCUGGAAGAAGAAGAUGAAAUGGACACUUUCGCCUCGCCCACUGCAGCUUCUUUCCCUAACAACGCCAUGAACCGCGACGCAUCUCCAUUCGCCGCAAAUGCAAACCCCUUCAGUAACAACGCCAGCUCUUCCGGGAGUCCCUUUGCCCAGUCUCAAGGCACCGACCCUUCAGCCCAACACAACGAUAGCUCUAUGGGCGGCUUCAACUUUGGUUUUGGCGGUGCUCAGAACACUGUUGCUACCCGUGAUCAGAGUGCUGGUGCUGGCGGCAACAAUCAACAAUUGGACGUGCCGCAGAACUUCCCCAACAACUACAACAUGGGCCGUCGUGUGUCCGUCUCUGCUGAAGUUUUGGCACCCUCAGGCACAGAUGACUCGGACUGGAAGCCUCCAACCUACCCCAAGACUCAAGAACAACUCAGUCGUCUGCGCGCUGCUGUCUCGCGCAACUUCCUAUUCUCUCACCUGGAUGACGAGCAGACCGAGCAAGUCUUGGGUGCUCUUCAAGAACGCAAGAUCCCUUCGAAGGACAUCAAGGUCAUCGCUCAAGGAGACGUUGGUGACUACUUCUACGUCGUCGAGUCUGGCAGCUUCGACAUCUACGUCUCGGACACUGGCAAGAUCGAGCCCGGCGUCAAUGGUAUGGGCAACAAGGUCGCCUCAUGCGGCCCUGGUACCUCAUUUGGUGAACUUGCCCUGAUGUACAACGCUCCCCGCGCUGCAACUGUCAACAGCACCGAGUCUAGUGUCAUUUGGCAACUCGACCGUAUCACUUUCCGUCGCAUUCUGAUGGACAGCGCCUUCCAGCGCCGCCGCAUGUACGAGUCUUUCCUCGACAGCGUACCUCUCCUUAAAAGCCUUACCGCAUACGAACGCAGCAAAAUUGCCGAUGCUCUCGAAACGCAAAAGAUGCCGGCAGGAAGCACAAUCAUUCGUCAGGGCGAUGUUGGUGACCACUUUUAUAUGCUGGAGUCAGGUACUGCUGCUGUUUACAAGUCUGGAACAGAGGAGCCGCUCAAGUCAUACAACAAGGGUGAUUACUUUGGUGAGCUGGCAUUGCUGGAUGACAAGCCUCGUGCCGCAUCAGUGGUCGCAGAAACAGAUGUCAAGGUGGCCAUGUUGGGCAAGAAUGGUUUCCAGCGUCUUCUAGGACCUGUCGAGAGCAUUAUGCGUCGUGAUGACCCCUCCAAACGUGCAGGCUCGACUCAGCCCUCUUCCUCUGGAGGCCUCUUCGAUAGUGUCAACCCCUUCUCGUCGUCCUGA